GAGGGAACCACAUCAAUAAACUGGUACGAAUCUGCUCCCCCGCGCUCCGAGACGAAGAUUUUCAAUAUCUCCAAAAGCCUUUUAUAAGGCAUCUGGUUUUUGCAUCAAUUUGCAGAGUCAUGCUCGCGAGGAGGAAGAAGAUGGAGCAGCGCUUCACCUUCUCCUCUCUUCUUGAUUUCAUGGCCACCUCCCAGCAUCGCUGCGUUUUUGUUGGGAAUAUACCAUAUGAUGCCACAGAGGAACAGCUUAUUGAAAUCUGCCAGGAGGUUGGGCCUGUAGUAUCAUUCAGAUUAGUCAUCGAUAGAGAAACUGGAAAACCAAAAGGUUAUGGGUUCUGUGAGUAUAAGGAUGAAGAGACUGCUGCUCUAAGUGCCCGCCGUAACCUUCAGGGUUAUGAAAUUAAUGGACGGCAGUUGCGUGUUGAUUUUGCUGAAAAUGACAAAGGUGCUGACAGAAAUAGAGAACAGGGUCGUGGUGGGCCUGGAUUGGCUGCAAAUGUUGACCCUCACAAACAAGUAGCUGGGCCAGCUGUCCAUGGGGAAGCUGCCCACCGUCAACCUAUUGGUCUUCAUAUUGCCAUAACAGCUGCAACUGUCAUGGAAGCAGCUCUAGGAGGGCCUCAAUCUGGCAUCCAGCCAAAUCAAAAUGGUUUGCGGGUUCAGUCAGGAUUGGCCCAUGACCCUUUAACUUUGCAUCUGGCUAGACUAUCUCGGAAUCAGCUGACUGAGAUUAUCUCUGAGCUCAAGGCAAUGGCUACACAUAACAAGGAAUUAGCUCGUCAAUUGUUACUUUCUAGACCGCAGUUGCCUAAGGCUCUUUUUCAGGCACAGAUAAUGCUAGGAAUGGUGACCCCUCAAGUGUUGCAAAUGCCAAACCUUAGGCAAGUUGCAGGUGAAACCUCCCAGCCUCUGGUAGAUGAAAGCCAGCGCGGUCAGUCUGCAGUGCUUCAAUCGCUAGCUGGGCUGCCUUCUCAUGCGCAGAUCAAAUUGCCAUCUGGCUUGAUGCCCAAUAUUCAAGAAACUCAAGCAAGUGCUUUACAUCAUAAUUCUUUGGUUCCUAAUCAAUUACCUGCACACCCAAAGCCUCCUUUGCAGCCUCGAAUCCAGCUUCCACAACAUCCAAGCAACCCAGUGGUACAGCUGGGCACAUUGCCUGGGCAUUCUAGUUCAUCGCUUCCUUCUAUGCGCCCCCAGUCUUCAUUUGGUUUGCCUGUUAGACCACCAAUUCAGCUGGCAAGUUCAAAUUCUCUGAAUCAGCCAUUGCAUUUGCUACAACAUUCCGGACAAAUUGGUAACUCAAGUGUAGGACAAAGUAUUCGGAUGAUUCAUCCCGAUGCAGGCUUUCAGCCUGGCUCGUCCAUAUCAUCAGGUAUUCCUCAGUCAAUUGGUAGGGAAGCAGACAGAUCAGCUAAAGUCGUUGAAGAUUCUAAUUGGGCCAAGAAAAGUAGUACAUAUUCAAACAUUGCUCUCGGAUCAGGAGAGAAAACAAAUGAGCCUUUGGAACCAUUUAGCCGCCCUUCAAAGCUGGCUAAAUUGGAUGAUGGAAGGAGCUCCUCUUUCUCCGCAGCAGUUGCGAAUGUACCUGUUUCCAAGGGAUCUUCCCAUGUUCUUGGAAGUGUGUCAUUGCCUGUAAAUGCAACUUCCAAAUCAGAAGCGCGAUACCCUGAGCAACAAUCCUCUCAGGCUCAGCUACCUUCGGAUGUGGAAUCGGUUUUACUGCAACAAGUGUUGAGUCUAACGCCGGAGCAAUUGAGUUCCUUGCCACCGGAGCAGCAACAGCAGGUUUUUCAGCUUCAGCAGGCUCUCCGGCGAGAUCAGACCCAGCCUUCAUAGCAGGCAGCAACAUACGAACGCUUCGAAUACGCAGCAACCUGCCGACAGAGAUUGUAGUGUUGCUAACUCUUGCAAUUUCCAGAAUCUGUCUGAAGACUUAUCAAGGCAGGUUGCUUUGUAUAUUAUCAUUUGCUUAGAUCAGGUUCAAAUAUUUAAAAAUUUUGUCAGUACCAUUGCAUUCUUGUAAUUUUUUGGCCUUACAUAUCAUGUAACAGUUAGGAGCUAUAAAUGAGUUCAUAUGAAAUUAUUUAGAAGAGAGAAUUUGGAGAAUAAUGACUUUGGCCUUGAGGACUUUCUCUCUCCCUUGCCUAGUCUGUCCCCCCCCCCCCCAACUCCCUAUGAACAUAAUUGCCCUGUUAUUUAAGUUAACGUGUUUUUGUUGGUAAA